UAUUUUAGCUUUGGUCAGAGACUAAAUAGUAUGAAUAUUUAAAAUUAUAAGCACCAAGAAAUAUGUAUAAUUAAAACUAUAGAAACUAAACAGUACAAAUAAUUGAAGAUAACAGAUAGUUUUUUAAUAGAAGGACUAAAGAGUUGGAUUUUAUUGUGUGAUUUUGAAAUAGGACAAACUAGUUAAUUUCAUAAAAAUUCAGGGACUUGAUAGUAAUUUUUUCUAUUUUUAAUUUAUAAAGUUGACAAGUCAGACACAAGGAUAUGUACCCUUUUCUGACACUCCUACCCUAGUCUGAGUAACACAGGUUAUAUGUGCCUUUUUUUGUAUUAUUGCAAAGCAUUCUCAUUGCUCCUUGCUUUUUUUGUGGCAUCUUUCGUCAUAGUCAACAUUGAUUAGCCACAAAAAGCACGUGGAAGGAAAUAUCUUUUCUCAUAUAUUUAACAUCCAGUAUAAAGCAAAAGAUAAGUAAUGUAGAAGUAGAACCAAGAAGAACAUUAUGAAAAGUAAUUCUCAAAAUCAAUUGUCAAUAUCACAAAAAUAAUCUCUACCAAAAUAUCUAGACAGACAUGGGUUCUACAAUUACUAGGAUUAGGAAUCCCAAAAUAAGGAAACGUUAAACCAACUCGAAGAAAUUCUAGACAAUAGGUUUCAUAAAUAAUCAAAAUACUGCCAUCUAAUUAAAUUUCCAAGGUAAUUGAAACAUAAAUUUCUUAAUAUUAAGAAGAAAAAUCAGGUCAAAAUAAUUCCUAAAAUUCAUUUUCCUUGAAUUCAUCUAUGAGAUGUUAAAGUUGAUCUUUGUUGUGGGCAACUAUAAUGGAAUUACCUUUGUAAUCCACUAUAAAACAUCUUUUAGAACUUAUCCAUAAUGAAUUUUUAGAUGUUACAGUUGAUCUUUGUUGUGGGUAACUAUAAUGGAAUUUACCUUUGUAAUCCACCAUAAACAUCUUUUAUAACUUAUCCAUAAUCAAUUUUUAGAUCAGUAAAAAAUCAUUAGAACUUCGCUUUUACCUCAAAUAAUUUGUUUAGUAAUCCACUUUUGUGAAAGAUGGACUUUCGUUGUUAACAUCUGACAAAUUGUAUCUAUUUAACCUCGAAUUUUAUAAAAUAUAACUAUUACAACCCUUGAAAAUUUAGAACGUGUGCAAGUCACAUCCGAGCAUAGGGGUUAAACAGUUGCACUUUUAUAAAGGUCAAGUAUCAAAAGUUAACAAAAAUGUCAGAUUUUUUGUGUAAAGGUCAUCCAACAGAACUGUGAUUUUGCACAAACUUCGCUCCAUGAGUUCAAUACCACUAUAAUUCUCAUAACUUCAGAAAUCUCCCUUGUCCUAAAGACAUAAACAAAAGUGCUCAUUCAAUUCUUGAACAUUUUCUUUGUGAUUAAUGUCUUAUUAAAUUGUUUAGUCAAAUAGACUGAUUGAUUGCCUAUAUUUAAUUUCUUUGUAUCUAGGUCAAAGAUUUUAUUUUAAUUGAAAUUGCACUGUCUAUGUUGGUGGUAUCUAAAGCUCAAAGGAAUGCUUAAUUCGAUUUGUCACUUCAUGAUGCAGGUAUGGACGUUACCGUCCAUGGGGCCAUUCCUUAGCUAGAAAGCAUAAUGGUUGGCAGUUACGAUGGUGGCACUAUGCACAAGAAUCUGUCUUGUCAGAUGUUCGCGGGAAGUUGAAGAAAACAUCAUGGAGAUACUUUGGGCAGCGACUGGAUUCUCGUCGGAAGUAUAUCAAUUUGUACAAGAUUAAACUAGAUUUUCUUCAACAAGAACAGUCAAUUGAUGAAUAUAUUCUUCGGGAAUUGGAGCUAAUGGAGAAAGAAUCGGAUUUAGAUGAUAUCUUGAGCUAUAGGUCUGCUGCUGAACAUGAGCUGCAGUGACAUUCUGGUGACAUGGUUUGGGCAUUUGCUUUGCCGUCAGGAUGUUUUGUCAAGCUCGUCAUCUUCAAAUAUGGGAGUGGAUGGUGCCAAUAUUUCUGUUGAGAAGUCACAAAAUGAUGAACAUACCUCAGGCAGGUCCAGAGGAUGGUUGAAUUGGCUGUCCCGAGGCAUGCUUGGUGCUGGUGGAACGGAUGAUUCUAGUCAAUUUUCUGGUGUUGUCUCUGAUGACGUUGUAAAGGAUAUUUAUGAAGCUACAGAGUUCCAUCCGUCAGUAUCAUGUGGUGGGGAUGCCAAUGCAAGUGUUAAGAUGUUUACAUGUGCAGUCAAGUUAAGCAUGGGUCAAAUUGCUGCAACUCUGCAAAGCAAGUAUUCCAGUGAAAGAAUUGCUGACUUGAUUAUUAAAGAUGCAGUCGUGGAGUGCAAACUUCAGGAAGAGUUAGCUUCAGUAUUUUGCUCCAUUAAGUCGGGAAAAAUGGUUUAUCCACGUGAUGAGAUGGUUAUCCUACAAAUAGGAAGGUCUCUAACAGAACCAGAGGAUAAGCCAACUUCUUGUAGAAUCCAAGUAGAUGAGUCACGAAAACAAGAGGUUGAAUUGUCAAUAAAGGUCAUGCUCCAACCACUUGAAGUUAAUUGUGAUGUGGAAUUUCUUUUAAAACUCCUGGAGUUCUUCACUGUACUACAAUGUUUUGAAUUUCAGAACAAAAGGGUCCUUUUGUCUUUAAAUGGGUUUAAAGAUGUCAAGACACGUUUAUUAUCAAAAGCUGAGUAUGCACUAUCAAGUCAUAAAAAACUCAGUUGGGAUAUUAGCAUCUUGAAUCUCAUUAUUAUCAUUCCUGGGAGAAAUGCCAUUUCAGAACAGUGUAACUUGGUUAUGGAGAUGGGAUCCCUUCAUUGUAAAUCCAAAUAUGAUUUGGAGUCUAUUACUCCAACUAAUCAGGAACAAUCUUAUAUGCUGAAUCAUUCUUCAAGCUCAGCAUUCACCAUUAACUUUUUGAGAGAUUUUCUAGUUCAAGAUCUCUAUAAUUACUUUGCUAUUGAACUCGGAAAUAUUGAGCUGAAGUUAGUGAUUUCUCAACAUGCUCAUACAAUCACUAUCUUGGAGAAAUUUUGUGCUUCGAUCACCUUUGCAUUGUGCAUUAUUUCUGAUGAAUCAAUAUUGAAAAACAUGGAGGUUUUCAUCAUUCUUCCAUCACUUACUGCUGAAUUUUCUCCAUCAAUAUAUGAAUCAAUAAUGGCAUUGGUAGUGCAUCUACACAUGCUGCACGCAAAAAGUAGUUCUCUGAUACCUAGAAAUCCCUAUGCACAUAAUGCAAUGUCCAGUCAACCUUGGGAAUCUGUUUUUGGUUUCUCAAUUGAUGCAAAACUGAAGUCUCUGAGUUUCCAUGUUGACCUCGCAAAUGAUCAAGGAUGUAGUUCUAAACUCCAGCUUUUCCUUCAAGAAUUAGAUAUUUGGUACUCGCAUACAAAAUUUGAUGAGUGCUUUGUCUGUACCAAAGAAUUAAAAGUCACCACUUCCCCAUUAAGAAAUCAAAAUGAUGGUUGUAUUUUGUUCUCAUCUGGCGAUCAAUUUGCUUCUGGUGCUGCAAAUCGUCAGGCACUGAAUGUUGGAAAUAGUAAUCAAGAUGGAAAUUGUGGUGACAACAGUGGAUGCAUUGAAGCAUUCUUUCUGAUGCAUUAUGAGGCUCACAGAAGUGUAGAUUUUGUUUCCCACAAGUUCUCAUUUGGCUUAAAUGAUGCUGAUCUCCAUUGCUAUCCCCAUAUAUUUGGGCUCUUAGUUGGGUUUUAUGAAAGACUAUCGUCAUUUUAUGCAUAUGAGAAGUCCUGUAGCUCUGUGAUGGAUGGUAAAAGUCCAAAUAACAGGCCUGGUUUUCAGUUUCAAAGGUUUGGUUACUCAAAUUUCUCCGAAGAUGGGUGCUGUGACCAUGCUAGCAUUUCUUUGGACUGCUAUCCCUUCAUUACCAUCUCCAAUUCUGGUUCUCAUGGUAACCUUCAAAAUUCAUUUUGUCAUUUCAUUCCUGACUGGAGGAAAUAUUUUAAGCUAAAGGAUACAAAACUCAGAAGUCCAAAAUGCGCUAUGAAGAAGGAAUCUAGAACCUUUCAUGCCUCACCAGUGAUUAAUACAUCUGGAGUGGAUACUUUUACUGCACCAGAGAGUUUAUGUGAGCCAGAUAUUUUUAAUAUUGAUAUUAAUCUGUGUGGAAUCAGAGUGCAUUUCCAUGAUUCGUCAUGUACUGUUGGAACUAUUACAAUACCAACAUCUAAAUCCUCAUUUUUAAUUUAUGAUAACUACAUGGAUUUGUUAUGUUCCAUAGAGGGAUUGAUAGUCACAUCACCAUGGUGGACUAGCAAUUUCAAAGAUUUUCUUUGGGGCCCCUCAUUGCCAAAUAUGUCAUCUACAUUAAAUUUACGUGUGAGAAAAGGACAUGCUGGACUAGCAACCUCCCAACUUGAAGUGAGCGUUGGUGUUCAGCAUGUAUGCUGUUUUCUGCCACCCGAGUAUUUGGCCAUCAUAAUAGGUUAUUUCUCGUUACCUGAUUGGAUUUCAAAUUUGAGUGAGCAGCCGGUUGCUGAAAAUUGUGAUUCUGUUGCAACAAAUAAAGGGAGCCCUGUUGUUUAUAAGUUUGAAAUUCUGGAGUCCACUUUGAUUUUGCCUGUAGAACGAGAUGAGCAUCAGUUUCUAAAGAUAGAACUUCAUCAGCUGUACUAUAGUUUAAUUCUUGAAAGCUCUCCAAGUGAUGUAUUGAAGGAUAUUCCUCCUCAGUGCAAGGUUCCAGCACAUAAAGUUGCCAAAGCAAAUCACUGUUUGAACAUAUAUGGAAGGGAUUUAAUUCUGUCACUCCUAUUGUGCAAGGAUGAUGAACAUGGUUGCUUAAUAGUCGACAAAGAUACUGGAUGUGGCAAUGUAAUACUAAUUGCCCCACUUAGUGCUGAUGUUUGGAUUAGACUUCCCUGUGAAGAUGAAUCUUGUCUUUAUAGGUCCUCUGCUUCAACAUGUGUCAUGUCAAGGAUUUCCAAUUGUCAACUUAUUGCUGAUGAUUGCUACACUUGGGGUGGUUUUGAGGCAUUAAUGGAUGUCAUAAAUCAGUUAUCUUCAGUUGAUAAUGAAUCCAAAUGUUUCACAUCUGAUGUUUUACACUUUUUUCAGUUGAAAAGAAGUUUGAAGGAAAAUGCUGCAGUUCCAACUGUUGCCUCAGCCACAGUAUUUACUGAAGCUCGAUUCUGUGCUGAUUCAUUGUCAAUAAGUUUGUAUCAGUCAAGAGAGGACUCAUUUUUAUCACAACCAAUAGCCAAGACUGAUAUGCAAUUUAUGUGCUCACUGUCUUUGAUAAAUGAGACACCUAUAGACUUGGACAUGACUUUUUCCUCUUUAUCUCUUUAUUCAUUGCUGAAUUCUGUCAUGAUGGCACAAUGCACUAAUACUUGCUCAGCUUCCUCAGCUCUUCAUGUAAGUUUCUCAAAGUCAACUGGAGGUGGCCAGGAGUUGCUUAUUUCUGUUCCUUCUCUGUAUAUUUGGCUACAUGUUUCAGACUGGUCUGCUAUCAUUGAUCUUUAUAUUUCCUAUUCUCAACUGAUGGCUGAAACUGUAGAAAUGAAGGCAUCAUCAAAAAAUUCUUCUAAAGACAUGGUAGAUCUUGCUGAAAAUGUGGCGCUUGCUGUUCCUCAUAGUUAUCUUCUAAAUAACGCUUUACCUUAUCAUGUGAAAGAGCACGUGAAGAGGGAUUCAGUUACCCUCAAUGUUAGGUUAAAAAAUAUUGGACUUGCAAUUCAUUUUCCUCUCUGGCCCAUGGAAUCUGCAGUUUGGCAAUUGGCGACAUCUGAAGUUCAACAGGAGAGGCCUCAAAAUGUUUCUUCAAAUGCUACUGAAGGGAAAAACUACAAGUUCAUGGUACUAACCACACAUAGUAGCAGUAGUGAACUAUCCGUUUUUGGUGGAAGUGUGAAUUUGAAAUCUAGUUUGGAGGAAACUAGUGGCACGGCAGAGAUACGCAAGGGCAAUAGCAUUACCACUUGGCCUUUAUUCCAAAUAUCCCAACUUAGUAUUAUGGCUGAUAUUUUUCAUAAGCAAAUGGACCUUGUCAAUGUCAAAGUUGGGGUUCAAGUUAAUCGUUUAGAUAUGUGGCUUUCCCAUCAAGUGCUCUGCUUUUGGUAUGGUUUACAGUUUGACAUUCCUGAAGCUGAUACUUCCCAAUCUUCAUUUGCAAGUAUGGAUUUCAACAUCCAGUUGAGGGAAGUUUCUCUUCAGAUGUCUGAUGAAAGGUGGAGCUGUGGUGGUCGUCUGUUGGAAAUUCUUAUGAGGAACAUCCUGUUACAUGCCAUCAUGACUGAAACUGAUGUGGAAAGCUCAGUGACAAGUGACGUUGAAGUGAACUAUAAUAAUAUUCACAAGGUUCUUUGGGAGCCAUUUAUUGAGCCUUGGAAGUUUCAGAUAAACAUGAUUAGAAGACACAAGAUGAGCGCACUUCUGAACAGUUCUAUUAAGACAGAUAUCCUUCUCACAUCAACAGCACCUCUAAACUUGAACGUAACAGAAUCUCUUAUGGAGUGUGUUUUCAGGACAGUUGAAAUGUUUAAGGAUGCUUGGCAUCUGAUGGAACCAUCUGAUCCUUGUGAAAUUCAAAGAUUCUCAAGUCAUCAGUUACCUGAAACUUUAAAUGGAGGAAAACAUGCUCCCUAUAUACUCCAAAACUCGACUUCUUUGCCCCUAGUAUACCAUGUUUUCCAUGGACCGGUUAAUACUGAAGAGUUUGAUUUCUCAGAAUUUGGUGAUGAAAAAGCUGUGCAACCAGGUUCUUCUGUUCCCAUUUAUCUCAAUGAAACUCCUGAGGAGCAAUUGUUUCAGUUCAGGCCUGCUCAGUCUUCUGAUAGGCUCAGUGAGAAGCAAUCAAAUGGGGUCCUCCAUCAUUUUAUGAGCAUUCAACUCGAUGGCAUGUAUAUGCCUUCUGCUCCUAUUUCAAUGGAUCUUGUAGGACUCACUUGUUUUGAGGUUAAUUUUUCUAAGGCUUCAAAUAAAAUUGAAAUUGAGAAAUUAGAGGAUGUUUCAAGAUACAAUAUAAACAUCAAGGAGAAUGUGACAUCCAGUACCAACCAUGGCUUUGCUGUUCCUGUUGUGUUUGAUGUUUCAAUGCAGCGCUAUAGCAAGUUAAUACGAUUGUAUUCAACGGUGAUACUUUCAAAUUCAACAUCAAUGACGCUAGAGUUAAGGUUUGAUAUUCCAUUUGGAUUAUCCCCCAAGAUCCUAGAUCCGAUACAUCCUGGACAAGAGGUUCCACUGCCUUUGCAUUUGGCUGAAGCGGGUCGUUUGAGGUGGCGUCCACUUGGAAAUUCUUACUUGUGGAGUGAAGUGCAUGACCUCUCAAAUAUUCUUUCUCAGGAAAUCAAGAUUGGUUUUCUUAGGUCUUUUGUUUGUUAUCCAUCUCAUCCAAGCAGUGAUCCAUUCCGGUGUUGCAUAUCAGUUCAAAAAUUUGGCAUCCCUUCAUCUGGCAAGUCAAUUAAAGGUUCACCUUCCUAUGUUAAUAACCCUACGGAUCAAUCAGCUCAAAGUUGCACUCAUGGGUGGAUGCAGUCAAAGAAGCAAUGUAUUCAUCAGGUCACCUUAAGUACUCCGUUAGUGGUGUACAGCUACCUCCCAGAUGCAGUAUCACUGACCAUUGAGAGUGGUGGGGUUACUCGUACUGCAUUGCUUUCAGAGGUAGAAGCUUCCUUUCAUCAUGUUGAUCCUUCACAUGACCUGGGUCUGGAGUUCUGCAUGCAAGGAUACAGACCCUCAGCUUUGAAGUUUCCACGUACAGAAACUUUCAGUGCAAUGGCUAAGUUUAGUGGAGCCAAGUUCUCUCUAACAGAGACCAUGAUCUUCAACCCAGAAUUUUCUAAUGGGCCUCUAUAUAUUAAUGUGGAUUUGAUGAUGGAUGCAUUCUCUGGUGCACGAGAGAUCUUCAUUUUUGCUCCCUUUUUGUUAUAUAAUUGUACUGGUCUUCCAUUCCAUAUCUCAGAAUCUGCCCCGGAAACUAAGGGAAAUCACUAUGCUAUUCCAUCCUGUUACUUAAUUGAACAAGAACUUCAAGAGAUGAAAGAUGGGCUUAGCCUUCUAUCUUCUGACCAAGAUUCAUGUGCAGGGAAUAAUCAAUUUAUCUUGCUAGGAAAGAAUGCUAAUCCACAUUUGGGGAAAUUUAUGUGCAAGCCUUCAGUUUUAUCUGGUUCCUCAUUCUUUGGGCAGUCAGACAAUCCUGAUUUGGGUGGUAAAACAUCAUCUUCAAUUAUGUGGUCAACUAGUAAACCAACUCCAAAAGAUUCUGACCCUGUUGAUGCUGAGCGUGGAAAGGUUAAAGCGUGCAUGUAUUCUCCUCGUGUCAUUUCUUCUUCGAGUGAAAUUAUGGUCAGAAUACGAAGGUGCCUGCCUGAACAUGUGGAAAAAGAGUCCAAUUCUUCAUGGUCAGAACCUUUUCUUCUUGUUCCACCUAGCAGAUCAAGUAUCGUACUAGUUCCUCAGUCAUCACCAAAUGCUGCAUUUAUCAUAUCUGUGACCUCUAGUGCUCUUGCUGGGUCAUUUGUCGGGAGGACUCGGGCCAUAACUUUCCAGCCUAGAUAUAUAAUUAGCAAUGCAUGCAGAAGAGAGUUAUGUUAUAAGCAGAAAGGAACUGACCAUUUUGUUCAUUUGAGCAUCGGAAAGCAUUCUCAUCUUCACUGGACAGACACAAUGAGGGAUUUACUGGUUUCCAUACGUUUUAAUGAGCCCGGUUGGCAAUGGUCAGGCAGCUUCUUGCCAGAUCACCUAGGUGAUACACAAUUGAAAAUGAGGAAUUAUAUUUCUGGUUUAUUAAAUAUGAUACGGGUGGAGGUACAAAAUGCUGAUGUUUCCAUUAGAGAUGAAAAGAUCAUCGGAAGCCUCCAUGGAGAUUCAGGGACAUAUUUGAUUCUCUUAUCAGAUGAUGACACUGGGUUUAUGCCAUACAGAAUUGAAAAUUUCACAAAGGAGAGAUUACGUAUUUACCAGCAAAGGUGUGAAACAUUUGAUACUAUCAUUCACCCAUACACUUCUUGCCCUUAUGCAUGGGAUGAACCCCAUUAUCCACAUCGUCUAACUGUAGAGGUACCUGGAGAGCGUGUUAUUGGGGUCUAUUCUCUUGAUGAGUUAAGAGAGUAUGUACCUAUACACUUGAAACCAACUUCCGAGAAACCCGAAAGAACAUUGCUUCUAUCUAUCCAUGCUGAGGGAGCAACUAAGGUGUUCAGCAUUGUUGAUUCAGGUUACCAUGUUUUGGAGGACCUAUCUCCCUCUUUGUUUCAAGUGAAAAAUAAAUAUGAGCAGCGAGAGCAAAACUUUGUUGAUUACCAGGAGAAAUUUUCUCUUGCUGUCUCAUGCAUUGGUAUCUCCUUGGUUAAUGCUCAUCCACAGGAAUUGCUUUUUGCAUGUGCAAAGGAUAUAACGCUUAACCUGAUUCAGAGUCUGGACCAACAAAAGCUUUCCUUUCAAAUCUCUUCAUUGCAAAUUGAUAACCAGUUGCACAGAACACCAUACCCCGUUAUCCUGUCCUUUAAUCAAGAAUAUAGAAGCAAUGCAGCCUCCCAAAGAGCCAAGGAUGACGUUGCAAAGUUGAAAGGCGAAAGAGUAUGGCAACUUUCUACUGAAAGUUAUUGUGAACCUGUAGUCUAUGUAGCCAUAGCAACAUGGAGAAAGAAAGACACAUCUCUGGUUUCAUUUGAGUAUAUCAGCUUAAGAGUGGCAAAUUUCCGCCUUGAGCUUGAGCAGGAAAUCAUUUUAAACUUGCUAGCCUUCAUUAGAUCUCUCUCUUCAAGAUUCCAAGGCAAAGCAUUACCAAUUUCAGAUCCUGCUUAUAAUCCUCCCAUGUAUGUGGGUUUUUCACACACUCAGACUUCUGAAUAUGUCAAAACAAGAGAAGACCAACUCCAUGGAAUCAAUUUUCCUGAAUUCAGUAAGAGUCUAAUAAGCAGCUCAUCUCUACCUACAAUGGUCCCAAUUGGAGCCCCUUGGCAACAAAUUUAUCUUUUGGCGAGAAGGCAGAAAAAGAUCUAUGUAGAAUUGUUUGAUCUGGCACCAAUCAAAUUCACUUUGAGCUUUUCUAGUGCUCCAUGGAUACUUACAAAUGGUUUUCUUACAUCUGGAGAAUCAAUCAUCCAUAGAGGUCUAAUAGCUCUUGCUGAUGUUGAGGGAGCUCGAAUUCAUCUCAAGCAAUUGACAAUUGCACAUCAAAUGGCUAGUUGGGAGUCCAUGCAGGAUAUCCUCCUCAGGCAUUACACACGUCAGCUUCUUCACGAGAUGUACAAGGUCUUUGGUUCUGCUGGUGUUAUAGGUAAUCCUAUGGGAUUUGCAAGGAGUUUGGGACUUGGCAUCAGAGAUUUUUUAUCUGUUCCGGCCAGAAGCAUUUUGCAGAGCCCUACUGGACUUAUUACAGGCAUGGCACAAGGUACCACUAGUCUUCUGAGUAACACAGUUUAUGCUCUAAGUGAUGCUGCCACCCAGUUCAGUAAAGCUGCACACAAGGGUAUUGUUGCAUUUACAUUUGAUGACCAGUCUGUUGGAAGGAUGGAAAAACAGCAUAAAGGUGUAACUUCACAAAGUAAAGGUGUAAUAAACGAAGUCUUGGAGGGACUCACUGGUCUCCUUCAGUCACCAAUUAAAGAAGCUGAGAAACAUGGUCUUCCUGGUGUCCUCUCAGGAAUAGCUUUAGGGGUUACAGGACUAGUGGCAAGACCAGCAGCUAGUAUUCUUGAGGUUACAGGAAAAACUGCACAGAGUAUCAGAAACAGAAGUAAACUACACCAAAUUGGAUCUCAACGCUAUAGAGCCCGGCUUCCAAGGCCUCUAAGUAGAGAACACCCUCUAAGGCCUUACUCCUUUGAAGAGGCUGUUGGAACAUCAGUGCUUAUGGAAGUUGAUGAUGGCUUGAAACUGAAGGAUGAAGUAUUUGUGAUGUGCAAACCACUUAAACAAGCUGGUAAAUUUGUUGUGGUCACUGAGAGACUCAUGUUGAUUGUAAGCAGUCCCAGUUUUGUAGACUUGGGGAAGCCCGAGUUUCGAGGUGUUCCAAUUGAUCCAGAGUGGUUGGUAGAGUCGGAUAUUGGUUUGGACAGUGUAAUCCAUGCAGAUACUGUGGAGGGGGUAGUACACAUUGUUGGAAGCGGUUUAGAUGCUGGGCUGAGGCACAACCAGCAUCAGUCCAAAAAGGGUGGUGGAACACGGACAAAGCAUUGGAGUAAUCCUUCAACUCCACUUCCGCUCUUCCAGACCAGUUUGGAACUGGCAUCCAAGAAAGAUGCAGAAGACUUGUUGCAGAAGUUGCUGUCUAUAAUUGAACUGGGAAGAGGAAAGGGAUGGGGCUGUGGAUAUCUUCUACAUAAGAGCAAUAUCAUAUCAAAAUAGUAGCAUUCUUUUGUAUUAGCUUGGUGGGAAUUAAACUUUAGACGAGCUUUCAGACUAAUCCAAGCUGCUGCCAUCUUUGCUAAAAUCCUAUCUAUUUAUGAGCGCUUCUUUAUCUCCACUACCCUCACCCUGUCGUCCUCCUUUCCAAGAGAACCAGAAAGUGCCCUUUGCAUUUUAUUGUUGUAUAUAUUCAUUUGUACUCUACAUUGUGCUUGCACAUUUUGUACAUUGUGUACAUUAUAAUGCAAUGCUUAUAUUCUUGCUGUAA